AUGAUUCGGGCGCCUGCGAUGGCGGCCAUGGACUACAGCGAUACCCUCCGGCAGGGCGUGGGACAAUGGUCCCCCAACGGGAAGUACCUCGCGGGCGCCCAACAGAAUCGCCUGCAGAUUCGGGAGCCUGACUCCUUGAAGCUGCUUCAGGUCUUCAUUUGCAUCGACAAGGUGGAGAGGAUCGAGUGGUCGCCCGACUCUCAGUUGCUCCUCACGGAGGUGGCGCGACCAGGACUGCUCCAGAUCUGGAGUCUGAGGGACAGCGAGUGGACCUGCCGCAUCUACGAGGGCCUCGCGGGCGUGGCGCAUGCGCGGUUCGGCGAUUCCGACACGGUGCUGGUCAGCGUGGAGUUUCAGCUCUACAUCUCCAUUUGGCAACUGCAAGAGGGGAGCAGUGCCCCUGUCGCGCGCAUCGAGCGGCCGAAGUUUGCAGCGUCCGGGGUCACCUUGAGCCGCGACGGCUGCUGGCUGGCGAUGCUGCGGCGGCCCGAGGGUCAGGACCGACUGAGCGUGUACAACGCGGAAGGCAAGUUCGGGUGCCUGACAGAUGUCACCUUGUCCGGCGAUGCGGGGCAACUGCAUUGGGGACCAGAUGACUCUACGCUGGUGCUGUGCGAGCUUCCGGGUCGACCUCCUUGGUGCCGGCUGCAUCUUGGGCGGGACAGGAGACGGAACGUCUUGGGCUUCCCAAGGAAGCUGUGGUUUUUGGGACAAAAGAACUCAGAAUCUCGAUCAAGUGAUGGGGAAAGCAUGUGA